AGCAAAGCUUCAAGAUUUGAGAUUUAUUUCAAGAAGCCACUGGUCCACUACUGUAUUCAACUAGCAGCCAUUUUAUUUUGUAGUUGUGUCUGGAUGUGGGGGUAGGAUUCGGCUUGGCAGUGUUUGCUCCUUACGGUGAACAUCCCCGUAGAAGGCCGCAUUUCCUUAGUAUUUAUUUUUGUAAAUAUCUACAACAAUUUUGCCGAGUCAAGAAACGGGCAGAGAAGACGGAGACGCAAGCUUUUCAUUUAGGGGUAACUACAUGUAGCAGAGCGGGUUUUGUAAAUGACCACAUUUGACGCGGUUUGUAUGACGUCACAUUGAAAGGGGGCAUGCAGUGGGCUGGCGCUGCUAGCUGCUUACAUCAUUUGUCAGAAAGGUACUAUUCGUUUAAGAAUAAUUUGUUGCCACGAGAGGGCGUGCUUUCCAAAAUAAUUUGUGUAAACCGGAACAAGUAUUUUGUCUCCAACAAGAGCAUAAGCGGAAGACAGUGUUUCGUGUAACUUGUAAGGUUGUAGUGACGUAGAGGCCUGAAUUUGUUGUCAAGUUGCCUUUUUAAUUCGUUCUCGUUCUCUGUAUGGAUUUCCCACAGUUUUGAGGCAGUUCAUUACAGCUUACUAUCUAAAUGGCAAGCACAGCCAGGAAGUGUCUACAAUUGAGUGGAAAACUUGUGGGUCGAAUUGGAGCCUAUUCAGCUAUCUUGUACUGCACCGCUCACUGCAUCACUGAAUAUGCCUUGGACUUCACCAAGUGCACAGGGCCAUCCAUGCAACCGACCAUUGAAAAUAAUGACAUUGUUCUGACUGAGCAUAUAAGUACAAAAUUCUUCAACAAAGUCGAUAAGGGCGAUGUGGUUGUCUUGAGGUCACCCGUGGAUCCGAAACAGUUCUUAUGCAAGCGAGUGGUUGGUAUGGAGUUUGAUGAGGUACCAGUCAAUCGCUGGAAGUUCUUGCGAACCAAAAAUGUUCCCAAAGGUCACAUAUGGAUCGAGGGUGACAACAGAACCAACUCGACCGAUUCAAGGGAGUUUGGUCCAGUCCCGUUAGCCAUGGUGAGAGGCCGUGCUGUCUUGAGGGUGUGGCCGUGGGAACGGAGAGGCUACCUGGCCCCACACCCUGCCAGCAGGUGACCAAGAACCCCCCCCCACCCUGAUAGGUGAGUCACUCCCUCACCCUUGACCUGUGUUCUUUGAAACUUUGUCUCAGAAGCAGGUCUCCACCACCUGUUAGCCGAAGUGUCUAUUCAGCUGUGCCUGUUUCACUUAAAUGCGUUCUUCACUUUGCACAAACAAGUCUCAACCUGUAAGCAUUGUCCAACCCCCCAAACAUUAUCCUCAGUGGAGAGUUUAUUCUUAGAAGAUGAGCAUUCCUUUUGUAUCCUCUUGGAGUAUGUCAAUGUCUUCAGUUUCCCAGUGAGUAGGGCCAUACCCCAAAGCUGUUAAAGGCCGUUUGUUUUACAUUCCCCCCCCCAUGUGUUCUACUUUCUCCACCCCCUUUGGCCAUUCAGAUUCUCCAAAUAUUGAUUGCUAAUUAGAUCAGGAUGUAUACUAUGCACAUUUUUAGCUGACAAAAUUUUUCUGAGUCUCUUUUGAUGAUGUUUCAUUUGUGUAUUUGCCACUUAAAUGUGAAGUGGGUUAUUCUUGACUGAUGGGACUGGAAUGACAAACAGGAAUCUUUCCUAAAAGAUGAAAUGUGAAGUAAUUUAUCCGAGUAUUUGUUCCAUAUUUGGUACAAGUAAGACGUACAAAAUUAUCUACACUAAAUUGUCAGCAGGACUGUUUUUAUGUGUUUUUAUUUUAAAUGAAUGUUUGCAAACAUUGACACAGAAAAUACACAAUUAAACAUGUCUUGUCUUUUAAAAUCAGCAUUACAGCAGACAUCAAUCAUAAUAAGUCUAUUAAAGGUAGACUCGUAGUUCAGUAUUCUUUGUAUUUUGUCCAAAUAAAUGGAAUUUUUAUCUAAGCAUAUUUUUUCAACUCACCCUCGAAGUCAUUUUUAUUCUACUUUUCAACUCUUCGCAUGGAAAUUACAAAUUUCAUGCAUGAAGACUACAAAAUGAUUACCUCAA